AUGUGGCGAGUGGCAAUGAAACGAUUAGCAACUGCGUCAAAAGACGGAGACAAUAACGACGUUCAGCAAACGACGCUAAGGCCUCCUAGCGCAACGGUUGAAACUGUUACAUACGUAUCCAAUUACUCCGAGCUACCAUUGCCUCGUACAUCAUAUUCGCAUCCACCAUGGGCGUCCUACCAAGAAAAUCUAGCGUUUGUGUACGCAGGUUCUCAAAGACGUCAGCAUCAACACCCAUCUCCUCUACAGGACCAAAACGUUGGGGCUCAUCAGCAGAAUCUUGAACCUCAUCAGCAAAACACUGGUGCUCAUCCGCAAUAUUUUGGACUUCAUCGGCAGAACCAUGGGAAUCAUCGGUAUAAUCCAAACCCAGGACAUCAGUUGCAUCAGCCAAACCAUGGACUAAAGCAAAAUCAUGGAGAGCACCAACAAAAUCUUGGACUCCAUCAGCAAAGGCCUUCUCUUCAUCAGCGUCACCCUAUCCCCGCUGAUUACACAUCCUCGCCAGCUAUGUCACAGACCACAGCCCAAACACAAUAUGGAAAACCAAUAGGAAGUUCUCACAGAGAUAUGGAACUAGUCAGAGCAGAACAGUACGUGUCUAAUAUUGAAAGACAACUUGGACUGACUCUGAAUGGAGGAACUCUACGAAAUGCCCAACUGAGUUAUCAAGACCGGUAUACCAGCAGCUCUGGAAACCCAACAGUGACAGCUCAGGGUCCUCAACUCAACUCCCACCCUGUGACAUGGUAUCAAACGUCUUAUCCCUCGCCAAGCUACAAUUCCAAUCCACACCGCACCUUUAGACGUACUCGAUACCCACGAGAACUGCCGAUGUUCCCUACUACAGGAAUAAACCCAUUUUUCAGACACCAGACUCCGACCUUUGAAUCGUGGCAUGGUCCUUACACGAAGGAAGAGGAACACGAGCUUUACGGAAAUAGAUGGAGUAAAUUUUGCGUUAAAAUUCUAUUAGGCUGGAAAGAUGUAUAUACAUUAACUGAUAAAGUUCAGGUCGCAGUAGCUCAGUCAGUACGUCGAUGGUCUCCGAGCGUGUAA